AUGGUGUGUGAGGAUGGUGUGGUAGCUACAACCCCAUGUACCCACAACCAGACAACACCUGCUGCUCAGACUGAAAAUGCUGAAACCGAUGGGCCAAGGGAGGAUGAUGUGGUAGCUACAACCCCAAGUCCCCAAAACCAGACAACACCUGCUGCUCAGACUGAAAAUGCUGAAACCGAUGGGCCAAGUGAGGAUGGUGUGGUAGCUACAACCCCAAGUCUCCAAAACCAGACUACAUCUGCCACAGCUGGAGUAACUGAAGGCCCAAGUGAGGAUGCUAUGGUGUUAACCACUGUACUGCAAAAUGUGACCACCCCUGCCCAAGAUGUAGCCACCAUUACUGACUCCCAUGAUUCCUCCUGAAGUGGCAAUCAGAAUGCUAAUUCUAAAUGGAAUUCUUGUCAUCUUGGCUUUCUCCAUCUUGAAUUCAAUAAAUGCCAGAUUUUAUCCAA